CGGGUGCCAAAAUAUGAAGCCCAGAGACUUUGCUAACCCUUAAAACAACAAGGCAAAGUUGGGCAUUAGAAAAACAGGUAAUUUUCAGUUCCACACCAGCAGCUUUUAUUCUCUCAACAGCAUAUCGAAGUCGAUCAGAAUUCCGUGAUUCACUGCGCUGUUUUUAUACCUUUGCGUACUUCAGAAAUUGUUUCUAUCUCAUUUUCUGGUAGAUCUAAAGAUUUUGGGCAAUGUAUGAUGAUGGUCAGUUUUUCACUGGCUUAACUGGAUUCUAGAGACCGAAGAUUCUAUCCGUUUUUAUUCUUAGAAAAUUUGAUCAUGUGUUCCUAUAUCGUUAAAAUUCAAAAUCGACGUCCAUCCGGAAGCGAAGAAGUAUGCGUGCUUUAACUACGUUAUCCUCUCUGCUGAAAUCUCCAAACACUCUUUCUUAUCUUAACAGUACUUAUGUACCUUUCACGCCAAAACUCUUUGUUCCUCCUCUAAUCGUCUACUCUGCCCAUCUCAUUUCUCCGAAAUCGUUCACUCUUCGUUUUUCGUCAAAUCUAUUCCUUUGUGGGAUGAAUUUCCAUUCUACAAGAAUUAUCAAUAAAUAAUAAAUUAGCUUCUAAAAACAAGCUAUUCUAUAGCAAAUGUUUCAUUGUUUGGAACAAGCAAAUUCAUUAAAUCAUUGAUUACUUUAUGAUUUAUGUAUUUUUAUAAUUAAAUUAGGAUAAUGAUGUUGCCGUCUUAUUAUGUACAAAGUUAAUUUUAAUAUAUUUAAAACUAAAUCCAAAUUAUCUAAUCAGAGCUUUUUGACACAUUGCAUUGUCUGUUUCUAGAGUAGACGAAAAAACGGACAAUAAACCUUAGUAUUUUGUGCAAAAAAUGUCAAUAAAUAUUGACAUUUUUUGCACAAAUACACAUUGGCGUAAAAAACUAUUUAUUGUUAAGAAGUCAUUUUUAUCCGAUGUUAUAGUAUACUAGUAUCUUCGAGGACCACAUUAUAUGUUCUGGAUCUUUGACUUUUGUACUCUUAGCAGAAUGUAUUUAUUAACUGUAUGUUAGUAUAACGAAAUAUAAACAAACUACUUUCAGAAUGUGCGUUAAUUAUGUUACACGUUGUAUAUAGAUAUACAGCGGAUGUAAAGUAUUUAAUAGCAUUUAGUUCCCUGUCUGCUAAUGAAAUUUCACUACAUACUUAUAUGUUUACUCAUAAACUGGAAAGUAAAAUUAUAUCUCUGCUUAGAUAAUAAAGGGCUUAAUAGGGAUUCGAUGGACAGUUCAAUGUUGUGAUACAUCUAUACGUCAUAUUUUUGGCGCAAGAAUAUAUUUUUUUAUAAAUCGAAGACAAUUUUCUUUUAAAAUAAAAUACAUUUUCCAUGACAAAAACAAUCUAAGUCAAUGAUAAGUUUAUCUGUAUAAACUUUAGUGAAUUUUCAUUUAAUAAUUGCAGUAUUAUGAUUGUUUCGGAGUUCAUCAAAAGAGUGUUUUGGGUGACUUUGCCUUCCCUACAAGCUCUUUAUCCUUAAUGUACUAUUUAAAAUAUGGAUAGACUUUUAAGAUAUUGUUUUAGAAUCAGUUCACUUUCCAGUAUCAAAUAAAAAAUGUCUGACGGCAACUUUGAAAUCAUCUAUAUUUAUGGGAUCAAUAAAAUGAUUGUGUUUUAAUGGUUUUAUCCUAACCGGUCAACCAGUCCUAUACUUUGAUGAUGCGUCAGUAUUACAAAAUAUCAUUCCACCUCCAUAAAAGGAUCAUGGCUAGAGGAAAAAAUAACUUUUCCUCAAGUUAUGAAAACAGGAUAUGUUUUAUUAACUCCAGUCCAAAGAUCAGGUAGAGUCCAAUUCUUAAAGCAUUAAUUAUUUUUAAAUGGGCCAUGAAAUGUUCGACAGCAAGACAAUGGUAGAAACAGGCGCGUCUACCCUAUAUUCUCAUAAAAACGAUUCUAAAAUUGCUUUUUUUCUCCUCCUCCGGCAAGUUCGAUAUGGAUAUGUGUACUAACUACAAUGACUUCCAAUUAAUAUUGCAUAUGGUGAAUAUUCGUUUACGUAAAGCCGACCUACCAAAAAUUCGUACAAUUAAAAUGUAUAAUGACUCUUCUUGUAAUGAGAAUAAGGUUAUCUCAGUGGUAGGGCCACGAAUACUGCGACCUUUUGGGCCAUACAGUGUGGCCAUAGCUGGUGGUUCGCGGGCGUACACUCUGUAUGUGGCGGUCGAGGGCCGUCGUAGCAACGGCGAGCAAUUCACGCAGGGGCGGCAAGUGCAAAUACCACCGGCGACAUCUCGGCAAGUCGAUUUCGAUAUCGAUGACCCCGGCCCUGGAGAGUAUUCUUUGGUAGCCCGCUCCACUUCUGGACCUCUGUUUUCAUCCGCUGCACCGCUUGUAUAUCAGCCACGCAGCUUUUGUGUCUUCGUGCAAACAGACAAGAGGGUCUACCAACCAGGAGAUACUAUUAACUUCGCAGUCAUAGCAUUGGACAAAUACUUGCUACCUCUAAAUGCUCCAGUGGACGUAAGCCUCCUAGACGCCGGUGGCGCACCUGUGUGGCAAAAGCUUGCAGUUUCUUUGGAUAAGGGCAUCUUCACUGAUCAGUUCACAUUAGCUGACGAGCCGGCAUUAGGAGAAUGGACUAUACAGGUUGAAGCACGCGAGCAAAUUUACUCGCGACAUAUCCUAGUAGCAGACUACGUGAUGCCUAAGUUCCAGUUGGAUGUCGAUUUGCCGAAACAAGCACUGUUCAGUGAUGGCCGUUUCACCGUCAAUAUUACUGCAAAGCAUUUCAACGGUCUACCAGUAAACGGUGAAUUAACCGUAUCAGCAUAUGCAGUGUUCUUCUCCCAACUUCUACAACCGGUGUUCUCACCACCGGCUCGCAAAGUCUUCAGCUUCAAUGGCAAUGCAGAAGUUGUAUAUGAUUUCAAGACGGACCUUGAUCUCGCUGUUGAUGCCGCGAGGCCAGUAGUUGUUGAAGCGGUGUUAGAGGAAAAAGAUACGCUGAUAAAACAAAAUGUCACAUCUAGGAUUUUGCUCUUGAGAACGCCAUAUAGACUAAAAGUCACCGCUCCAGAUUAUGUCAAGCCAAUGCUACCAUAUAAUGUACAGAUAGAAGUAGUUGAUCCUACAGGACAAAUCAUGGAUAUCAACGAAGAUGUAACAGUAGAGCGGCUUUGGGAUGACGGUGCACCUGUUAAUGUGACUACAGUCAAGUUGAAACACGGCAUCGCCAAAUACAGUUUAGUACCAGAUGCGGCACAUAUAAAUUCCACUCUUAAUUUAGUGAUAAAUUAUAAAGAAGUGACGGAACGGGUGGUGAACGUACAAAGGAACAGCGAUUCUGGAGGACAGUUCUUAACAGUGGAACUUUUAACGCAAGACACUUCAGAGGGAGACGAGAUGCGUGCACGGAUCACGGCAUCUGAACCUAUGGAUCUAGUGCACUAUGUAGUAAUAGCACGAGGUGACAUCAUUAUUGCGAAAACACUUGAGUUGAAUCCGGCCCGUCGUAGCGUGGACGUAUCGGCAGAGGUGACGCGGCACAUGAGUCCUGGCUGCGUGUUACUAGCAUGGUAUCCACGAGUUGACUCUACCAAUACCAUGCUUGCAUCCGCUGUAUAUGUACCACAGCGAAAUCUUCUUAAACAUAAGGUUUCCGUGAAAGCGGUAUCAGCGUCUAACUUCCAGCCCAACACGUUGACUGAACUUCAAGUAUCGGGAGCAGCGGGAUCACGUGUUGUAGUGCUGGGAGCUGAUACAGAUGCUGUUACCGCUGGACUCGCCAACAAUAACGGCUUGGGCAGCGGCCUCAACGACCAUACGGUCCAACGUGAAGUAGAAAGCUUCGCAGGUCUAAAGCAUUCGGUGUUCAAGAACGAGGAACAUCUUCCUGGCCUUGGACUAGACUUGGGUGGUUAUACGUCUAGAGAUGUUUUCCGUAAUGCCGGUAUGGUAGUUUUAACUGACGGAGUGAUUAUCCAAAACGGAGUGGAUCCAAAGCAAGAAGCCCCUGAGUCUGGCACUCGUCCACCUCUGGCUGGACCGUACGCGUUCAGUAGAUUACCCCCGCCUCCAUCACCUCGAUACUACCUCACAAUAACACCUCUUCCUACGUGGGCUUUCGGCAACUUCUCUCUCGACAAUGAAGGAAAAGGAUCAAUCGGGCGCUUCACACCUCCUCCUCAAGUGCCCGUUAAUAUGAAAAUAGGAGCAUUUGCAGUAGAUUCCCAACUAGGUCUGGGUAUCGCUUCACCACAGACUUUCGCCAACUCAGUACCUUUGUCUAUCAGCUGUGAACUGCCUGCUACUAUGCAACGAGGUGAAACUGUAGCCGCCGUUGUAGUACUGAAGAGUACUCUCACUGUCGACAUAUCGCUUGAAGUAACUAUGUACAACACCGCUCAGUUCUUCGAAUUCGAACCUUUGGACAACGAUAUCAACGCAACGAAAAAAAUCGAAACAUUCAAUAGACUACGAGUAUCAGUACCGGCAGAGGGCUCUGCCAGUACUGCAUUUUUAAUAACAAUGGUGCAGACGGGACGAGCUGAAGUGCUUAUAGAUGCAAAGGGUAGUAGAGUUUCUGCUGCCUUCUCCUCAACCAUAGAAGUCACUGAUGGUUACGAAGAGGACGUUUGGAUGUGGAGUCUAUUGGACGCGAGGAAUGGUGUUGCACGCACUAAUAUGACGCUGGAGGGUGUAGCGGGAACGCGACUGGGUAAUGUGUACCUGCAGGCCACCGGGGAUCUCCUGGCAAAUGCGAUACAUGCAAUACACGUACCCCCCGCACCCGCAGCUGACCCUCCGCAUGCGGUUAAACCUAUGGCAGUUGCCUGCGUGUUGCUACAAUAUCUGCAGAAUAUGAAUCAUGAAACGGUUUCGAUAGCAAAGGACGCUCAAGCGCUAGCGUCACUAGGUUACCAACGUCUGAUGGCGUAUCGUCGCGCUGACGGAUCUUUCGCCCCAGAGACCGAUCGCGAUUCCAAAGGCGACGUUUGGAUGACCGCAGUGGCAGCAAGAUGGAUGUCUCGUUGUGCUCGGUUUCUAGAAGUUUCUCCGGCGGUGUCGUCUAGUGCUAUAGAGUGGUUGGCGCGCAACCAGUUACCCGACGGUAGUUGGGGAAUUGUACCUCCGCCGCACAACGACCCGCAUGCGCAAGCGCCAAUACCAUUAGUCGCACACGCACUACUAGCACUCAUACAAGCCAAGGGGAAGGAUCUCCAUUACAAGAAUGAAAUCAAUAAAGCUGUGGACUAUCUCGCCAAAGAAUUGUCUCCAUCACUCGACGCUUAUACUCUCGCAGUAGUCAGCAACGCGCUGGCCGCCGCCAAACACCCAGACGCUGCCAUCGCUCUAUUAUAUAUGGAUAAAUACGUGAAUAAUACAGGAUCAACAUUAUUUUGGUCGCGUAAUGUACGCGGUAACGAGUGGCGUAACCCUUGGUUAAAGUCCAACAGUUUGGAAGCUAACACGGCAGCGUGGGGGCUUCGUACCAUGCUCACUUCACGUUUAGAAGAUAAAGCCGAGCCGGUGGCGAGAUUCCUACUGCAAGCGUACAAACCACUGCAACCCGACCCCGACGUGUUGGAUGCUUUAGCUCAUUACGCAGAAUUAACAAAGACAUCGACGAAAAUGAGGCUUUCUGUCAACGUAAGCGGGUCUGAAGAGCUAAGACAAAUACAGAUAGGCGACAACAAUCCGCUCAUUAUUCAAAAACAACAGGUGGGUAAUGUGCGUUGGGUGAGCGCAGUUAGUGAGGGACGCGGUGUGGCACUAGUCGGUCUUUCUGCUCGUGGAUCUACCAACGUGACAGCUGCCUGGCCGCGAUAUACACUAGACCCGCGGGUAGAUCAAGUGUCCACCCCCUAUCGAAUGCAGCUCUCUAUAUGCAUCGGAUUUGUACCACAAGGUAACGACACAGAAAGUGGACUUACUCUACUGACAGUUCAGCUUCCUUCUGGUUACUUAGCGGACAUCAACACGAUCACUGAGUUAACGUCAGUCGGAGCGCAUGGUGACGUCAGCGCGACUGCAGGCGGUUUGUCUGAUACUGAUAAUAAAUGA